UAAGGAGUCACCACUUCCUUUGGUUCCCAGAGUGCACUCGGAGGUCACAGCAGCUGAGGGACACCCCAAACCAGGUGUGAGCCUUUGCCCCACUGCCCAAGCCAUGCACCUCUGUGGGGGCGAAGGGCCGCUGACUGGGACGGACCCCGAGGAGCACCAGAGGCAGCUGAAGAAGAAGCAGAAGAACCGGGCGUCUGCCCAGCGCAGCCGGCAGAAGCACACGGACAAGGCGGACGCCCUGCACCAGCAGCACGAGUCACUGGAGAAACACAACCACACUCUGCGGAAGGAGAUCCAGGGCCUGCAGUCUGAGCUGGCGUGGUGGAGGCGGACUUGGCACGUGCACGAGCGCCUGUGCCUCACCGACAGGGCCUCCUGCCUGGCUCCCCUGCCCCCUGGCUGCCGUGGCCAGGCCCAGCGGCCCCCGGAACCCAUGCCUCAUAGGCCACAGGACUGCCAGCAGCAACCUGGCCCCUUCCAGAGCCCAGCCUCCUCUCCCUCGGCUCAGCAAAAACUCUCUCCAGAUCUGCCCUCAAGGUUCCAGCCUCAUGGUUCCCCUGGCCUCCUCAUGUCCCCUCUGCCCUCAAUGUCCCUUGGCCUUACUGCGACUACUGCACCUCCUGCCCAGCUAUCCCCCAGCCCUGUCCAAUCUGCCUCACCCUCUGGCUCCAGCCUAUUGGGACCUUCCUCCAAGCUCAAAGCCCUCCUGCCGAGCUCCUUAGCCCCGGCUGCCCCUCAACAGCCACUUGGGCUGGAGCACCUCACCAGGGAGGAGCUGGUAUCCUCACCCCACGGUCACGGUCCCUCGACUGCUCUGGGGCUGGCCUGUCUGCAGGACAUGGACAAGCCUGCUUUCUCAGCAGCAGAUCAGCAAGGGCUGGGUGUGGAUCUCAGUCUUCACCCUCUCCUGGCCUUCCCCCUGCUCUCCUCUGCUCAGGUCCACUUCUAACCCGGCCCCCUGGAGCUAGGCUGGCCCCUUCCUCAGGCUCAGGAGGCAGCCUUGGCACACAAGUGUCUUCUCCAUCGCCCCUGGAGGCUGCCCUUCUCAGCUGACCAGCUGGCCCAGCACUUCAGGGAAAGGAGACCAUCCCUGUGCGCCCACUGUUCUGCCUGGCCCUGUCACCACCACCAUCUCAUGUCAACUCCACGGUCAUUCUGCAACUCCAGAUUAUCACUCCACUUUUUCAGAGAAGGAGACAGAGGCUCAGAGAAGCCAAGUGACUUGUCCAAGGUCACACAGCCUUUCUUGGGACCUAAAACGCCACCAUCUGCUCCUCCUCCUCCUGAUAGAAUCCUGGCCCAGGUGACUUAGAGACUGAAGUCCUAAAAACUGUGGGCCGGUGCGAAGAGAUUUCAGUGCCGGGAGAGGGAGGAGCUCCCCCUCCACUUUGUGACUCCCAGGACGGCAGAGGCCUGCAGUCCCUGAAACUUUGCCCUAACUGCAGGGGGUCCAGGGUCCACGUCUGGGUGGGGAUAGGCUGGGCAGGAGCCUGGAAGCCGGCGCUUUCUUCCUGUAGCAGUGUUUUCCUUUUCAGAAACUGAGCCUGUAGGUGGGAGUUGGGGAGACGCCCAGCAGAGUCUCCCCUGGGGUGUCUGCAGGUGAGCUGCCAAUAGCCACACCGACACCUGGGAGACUCUGUAAGGUCUGCUCUCCGUGCGAUUCCCAAAUAACUCCCUGCCUCCCCCUCCCUUCAAGGCCACUAGGAACGUGAGAGACAACGUGCUGGAGGGAAGAAUGAGGGUAGGCUCAGGUGCAAGGUUAUGUUUAAGCAAGUGCUGGACCCAAACCUGGCGGUCGUGAGAGCUGGGUCUUCUUCAGUACUGCCCUGUCCCUGUGCAGCCCCCAGGUCCCUCUGACCAUUGUUCUUUGGUCGGGGCCCAGGCUGGGGCUCAGCUUCAGCGUCUGCCCCAAGGGGCGUUCUCACUCGGAGUGAGGACAAGCACUGCGAGGGGCUUGAGAUGAGAAGACCUGCUUCUCACCCAGAGGUUCAUCCGCCCUGUAAGCAGGCACCGUGCUGGUGUUGGACACACUCCAGGAUGCUGAGCAAAGUCUCGGAGCUCUGUUAUGGUAAAUAAAGUGUUUUCCGAU